UGGCACCCUUUUCAUUCCAUCACCAACAAAGAAACCCUAGAAGCCGCAGUGCAAUCGAUUUCUCUCCUCCAAAAGCGAAGAUGCAGAUCUUCGUGAAAACCCUAACGGGUAAAACAAUCACCCUAGAAGUCGAAUCUUCCGACACCAUCGACAAUGUCAAAGCCAAGAUCCAAGACAAGGAAGGUAUCCCACCAGACCAACAACGUUUGAUUUUCGCAGGUAAGCAACUCGAAGAUGGUCGUACACUUGCUGACUACAACAUCCAGAAGGAAUCAACACUCCAUUUAGUGCUCCGUCUACGUGGUGGUGCUAAGAAGAGGAAGAAGAAGACUUACACUAAACCCAAAAAGAUUAAGCAUAAGAAGAAGAAGGUUAAGCUAGCUGUGUUGCAGUUUUAUAAGGUUGAUGAUUCUGGUAAAGUUCAAAGGUUGAGAAAAGAGUGUCCUAAUGCUGAAUGUGGUGCUGGAACUUUUAUGGCUAAUCACUUUGACCGUCAUUACUGCGGUAAGUGUGGGUUGACCUAUGUUUACAACAAGGCUGGAGGCGAUUAAUCUCUCUCUAUUUUAUGAUGGAGUCACUUUUCUAUUUUUGUUGAACGGUUAUUUAGAGUUUUUUUUGCUAUAUGGAUUUUGCUUUUUGAUGUAUGUGGCAACCUUGGGAUUGUUGAGUUAUGCAACAUUUUUUGCUUAUUGUUCUAAAA